AUGGUUCUCGCGCAUCAAGACGCGUGGCGUAGCCACCCCUUUAUCACCAACUGCGCCAAGAAACCGUUUACAGGGCUAGGUCUGGCCUCUGCUAUCUUUGGCGUGUACCUUGCAGUGGACGCGAUGACUUCACGCUCGUCAUCGCACGGCAACGAGCGUGACGCACACGGGGACAAACAUCACGAUGUCAUUUCUAAUGGCCAACUCAAGGACGGGCAGUAA